ACCAAACAUCAGUAAAGCAAAUACAAAUACACAGUCGGGUUAUUAAUUUAGCGCUGUAGCUGUUCUUUCCUUCAAAUAUUUUCUCUUUUGUGCGGCCAUAAUGUCUGAUGAGGAAGAGGACUAUAUGUCUGAUGCAUUUCUCACUAAAAUACAAGAUGUGAAGCCAGGUGUCAGCAUGGUUAGGCGGGUGAAACAGGCUAUGAAGAAGGAGACACAGCAUAUGGAGACGAACAUCAAGAACCGUCAGAAAACCUACAAGGAGCAGGAGAAGGAAAGCAGAGAGGCAGCUUUACAAAACACCAUUUGCAAUGAGAACAAGGGAUUUGCACUUCUGCAGAAAAUGGGUUACAAAGUUGGUCAAGGCCUUGGGAAGGCAGGCGCUGGGAGGGUUGAUCCAAUUCCUCUAAAUAUUAAAACUGACAGAGGUGGAAUUGGAAUGGAAGAAGUGAAGAAAAGAAAAGCAGAGGAGGACCUUGAACAUUAUCGUCAGAAAGUACGAGCCAAACAACACAAUGAGACCAAGUCUCUGGAAGAUUUUAGGUCAAGAGUAAGGACAGAGAGAGAGGAGCGAAAGAUUGAAGGAGAUCUCAGAAAGAGUCAGCGAGCCUGUGAGCAGCUUGACAGCCAGAAGGGCAUCACUGUCCCCAGGGAAGACUGGUACUGGCCUAAAGUAGAGACUGAUGACGAGGAAGAUGGUGUUAAGGAGGAGGAGGAGGAUGAGGAGGAGGAGGAAAAAGAGGAAAAAGAGGACAAAGAGGAUGAAGAGGAAAUUGUGGAAUUAACAUCCUUUGACAAACUGCAAAUUUUGACAUCCUAUUUGAGAGGAAUCCAUUUUUACUGCAUAUGGUGUGGGACCACCUACAAUGAUGAAGAGGACUUGUGCUCUAACUGUCCCGGGGAUACAGCAGCAGAUCACGAAUGAACUUGAUAAAAAAAUAGUAUGCGCAGUAGUUCCCAAUGAAACAUCAGUUACAAAUGUUUGACCCUGGAGACAUUAUAUGUGGAAGUGAGUGCAGACAGCAUUUUACAAUGUGUAAGAGGCUCAUCACACUUGGCUUUGAUAAGCAAAUCAGGGACUUAAGUGAUCAGAAGUGGAGGAAUAUGUAUCUAUAUCCACAUUUGAGUCUGUUGUCCAUCUGUGGAAGAACCUCACUGUUUAUGUUGUUUGUGUGUGGCAGUCUUGAUUUUUUUUUUUUUACAUUUAGAAAUCCUGUGGGAAAUUUAGGAUACCUUUUUUAGGUUUUAUAUUUUGAAAAGAUGCACUAACAUUUUUUAGACAUGUUUCAAGAGCAAUCUGUGUUUUCAUUAAAUGUUUGAAGAUGUAUACCUUGUUAUAUUAUAUAUUGUUAGCUACUUAUAAUACAAUAAAUUACUCUGGGUUUGCUUUACUGAA